UCUUUGAAGCCGGGUUACCCACCUCUGGUUGUAGCAACAAUUCUAAAACUUUUUCAGUGAUUGGCGGUUGAUUUUUCACACAGCUCAUCAGUCCAAAGCUUAGUUGUCCUGAUGUCCCAAAUUACCUGAAUCCACCCUACGUUACCUACUUUUUCUGCAGAAAGCCGUCAGUGUCCCAGGGCAAAAACAGAGGUUAAAGGAUCAACUCUAGAAUGGAUGCCACCAGGAACCAGACAGCGUUGCAAUACAGUGGAAGCAAUGACCUUUGGGACAAUGGCAACCUCUACAAUGUCACACCUCACAACCCCACUGGCAACAUGAGCCUUGUCUUUGAUCCGGUCACAGACAAGAUUGUCAGUGGCCUCACUAUCAUCAUCCUCUGCACAACCAUGGUUUCCCUGGGCUGCACCAUGGAAGUUGCAAAGAUCAAGGCCUAUGUCGUUAAGCCCAAAGGGGUGGCCAUAGCUCUGGUAGCUCAGUUUGGCAUCAUGCCCCUCACUGCCUUCACUUUAACCAAAAUCUUCCAGGUGGGCCCUAUGGAAGCAGUAACCAUACUCAUCUGUGGAUGUUGUCCAGGAGGUAACCUGUCCAAUCUUGUCGCUCUGGCUCUUGAGGGUGAUAUGAACCUUAGCAUUGUGAUGACCACAUUCUCAACUAUAAUGGCAUUGGGAAUUAUGCCACUUCUCCUUUUUUUGUACUGCAAGGGCAUACCCAACAUGCUGUAUAAUGUGCCUUAUUUUGGCAUUGUAAUUGCCCUGAUCAUGUCCAUAUUGCCCUGUCUCAUUGGUAUCGCCAUCAAUCACUGGGUACCACGCUACUCCCCAGUUGUUAAGAAGGUUGGACUCAGCCUCUUAUUGAUUGCAGCUGUGGUGAUUGGUAUCAUAGCAGGCAUCAUAGUUGGGGAUACAAUUUGGGUGGUCAUAUCACCCAAGAUGAUUGCCAUGGCAUCCUUGAUGCCACUGAUCGGUUUUCUACUUGGGUAUAUCAUGUCUUGUGUCUUUAGGGUCAAAGAGAGAUGCAGGAGGACCAUUGCAGUGGAGACCGGCUGUCAGAACAUCCAACUGUGUUCCACCAUCUUGAAAGUCACCUUUCCACCAGAGGGCAUUGGAGCCCUGUUCCUGUUCCCAGUUGUCUACAUCUUUUUUCAGGGCCUCGAGUCUCUGCUCUUAAUCAUUAUCUUCAGGUGUUACAAGAGGUUCAAGCCAGCAGCUGAGGAGAAACCUCCAUAUCUGGUAGUGGAAGGUAAAGUACAAGAAGUGAAGGCACCAUAGAUGUGGCUGAGGCCCAUAAGGACUUCUGAUUUGGCCCCUCUCGAUAUUCCACCAGGUGUGAAGACCAGAGGACUGUCGUAAAGAUUUUUUUUGUUGUCUGUGACACUCAGCUUGUCCAGCUUGGUAGUUUUGUUAGGUACAAGAGCACAGUGUGUCAGUCCUAUUUCCAGUGUGUAACAUGCAACUUUAUGUCACAUGCCACUGUAGAUUGCUUCACUUUAUAUUGCCAUUAACAAGCCUGGGACAUAACUCUGAGGCAUUGGUCAGCAUGGUGGAUGGUAAGACAAAGAUGGGCUUUCUUCCCAAAAGGUGCAUCUGGACCUAAUAUUAAAUGUCUACCUCAAUGAGAUUUGCUGAGAGAGAACUCAAGAUUUACUGCUAUCUUCAUAACAUAAUCCAUUAGCAAACAUUCAAACCGCCAUUACUCAGUAUUCAAAUGUUCCUGUAAUCCAUUUAUUUUCUGAACUUGUUAUAAUGUGUUUUGACAUGUAAUGGUUUGAGAUAAAAUAAAACCAUUGCAUUUUUUACUUAUGAACUACUACGUAUACUGUGAGAGAUAAUGUAUGUACUGUGAAAGCAAAAACACAGUUCUUUGGCAUCUGUUAGGCAGACAAAUUGUUAAAAUGCGGCAUUAAAGUCAUGCAACAAUGUGUGUAGUUCACUUAGCAUUCUCCCUGGGCUUUCCCUCUGGCUAGCAGCUAUUGGACUCAUAAUAUAAAAAUACUAUUACAUUCCAUUUUUAGAUUGGGCUUCCUUUGUAUGUGCCUUUCAGUAAUUCACAGUGGUUGCUUAACAGUCAACAAUUUCUUCCACAUGCAUUAAAGAAACUGAAAAGAUCUCUCACAAUUAAUAUUUUUCUUAGUUACUCUUUUGAUCAAUGGUUGCAGGACAACAUGCCUUAAUUUAUUACAUUCACUUGUGCCAUGAAGCACACACCAGUGAUGGUUAUCUGCUACUGUGUAGGCUCAUAUUCAUAAACAGUAAAUGGUACACAUGAUAUGCUUGUGAGUCCAUAUUUAAUCAGUAGGUGCUAGCUGAUUGCACAAAUUAAUGCUGUUUUAUAUAUUGAACCGUUAUCCUACCUAAGUAUUUGUAACAAGUUUUUUGGAUGUAAGAUUAUGUAUAUGUUGAUUAAAACAGGUGUCCAAGGACUUUCACCCGAUUGUAUUAGCACCCAUAUAUUUUAGUUUAUUUUGACUUAGAGCUGAUUUGUUUGAGUCAAACUAGUACAUUUUAGAAGUUAAAUAUGCAGAUUAUAUAGCCAUCACUUGUUUCAACCCCUUUAUUUUAGUCAUAUGUUUAAGAUAGCUAAAUUGGUUGUAGCAUUCUCUUUUAUAUGCUGAAUGCAUAAAAGGAUGGUAAUGGGAGUUAUUUUGCUUAUGGAUUUUAAUGUACAGAUAAUUAAAUAUUAAAUGCUGGAUAGUGCA